AUGGCUGAAACAUCUUUCCUUGAUCAUAUGCGCGAAAUUGUUGGCGACGCUCGUCCAUCAAUUGCAAUCGCAGGACUCGUGGCCAUUUUCGUGACACUCUGGUCUGUCCUCUCAACAUGGCCACAGUACAACCGCCUGCGCGAAUUUAAAGGCCCUCGCCUAGCAGCACUCUCAAAAUGGUGGUUAAUCAAGAAAGUCGGCGGUGGGAGAGCAUACCUCGACUUUUGGGAGGUCACGAAACAAUACGGCUCAAUUGCUAAGGUCGGACCCAACGAUCUUCUCACCGACGACCCGGAACUAAUGCGUCACAUCCUCAACGUACGAACCGAAUACCGUCGAUCAGAUUGGUACGACGGUAUGCGCUUCGAUCCUGGUAACAACAACAUUCUCUCAUGGCGCGACGAAGACGAGCAUUUCAAUGUCGCGGGCUCAGAUACAACAGCUACAGCCAUUCGCUCAACCAUGCUUCACAUCAUCACCAAUCCUCUCGUACACCCCACCCUCCGCGCCGAAAUCUCAAAAACUCACUUCUCAGAACCCAUAAUCCCCGACGCAAUCGGCCGUGAUCUCCCCUGUCUCCAAGCCGUCAUAAAAGAAGGUCUCCGCACAUUCCCUCCCGUCGCAGGUCUAAUGUCCAAACAAGUCCCCGCCCCAAAGGCGACACCUGGAAAGGAAAAUUCAUCCCCGGCGGUACCAAAAUCGGAUACUGCGCGUGGGGAAUAUUCCGCCGUGAAGAUAUCUGGGGUUCUGAUGCUGGAGAGUUUAGACCCGAGAGAUGGUUGGAGAUGUUCACGGAAUAAGGCCGCCGUCACGGAUACGAUGGAUCUUAUAGACAGUUCGCUGGACAAGAACUUGGUCAAAUGGGUCAAGACUACCCAAGCGACCCUGGCUGAGGCCCAGACGAAGAAGGGUCAGUUUGUUACCGAUCACCCUACCAAGGAUGCCGUCGAGAAACUCUUCAUGGCCCGAGUACUCGGCAAGGCCAUUCUCACACCUGGCUUAAACCCGGCUGGCACGUUCGUCCGAAUGGCCUGCGGAAGUGACUAUUCUUUCCCCGGCUCCAAGCUGAUUGAAGACCAUUCGGCUAUCCCCAUCACUACUGUUGAAGGGCCUUAUCCACCCUGCGCCAUCCCGGAGAAGGACCUUAAGCCAAUCAGCAUCUCCCAGAUGCGUCUCGAAACUCACCAUUGGGGAUCAAAGGUUCUCCUCCACCAGUUGUCGCUUGUCGACCGUGGUGAGGCUAUCAUGUUCAUCGUCGAGGAUCAGGCGGGUACAGCUGUCUUGCUCAAGCUGUAUCACCAGCCUUUGGAGAAGGAGAUCUCCUGCAACUGGACAAUGUUGGACUAUCGUGUGUGCAUCGUCAAGAACCCUUUUUUUCAGCGCGUUCAUGACACCAUCACCCCGAAUUUCUGUCAGAUUCCCCAGUCUUACUACACGCUGAGAGUCGACCACCCGGGCGACAUCAUUCCCCUGCGCCAUGGCGAUGGACGAAUUCCAGAGGCAUGGAAAGUUAACCCAGACCGAGACGACAAGACCAGUCAUGGCUACCGCGAUCUCGGCAACAAGGCCUUUGGCAAGAAGGAUUGGGCAGCAGCUCAUCACUCGUACUCCCAAGCCCUCGAUGUCGCCGAGACUUCCCAAGACAAGCAGCUGGCCCACCUCAACCGCUCCCUCAUCAACCUCAAGCUUGGUCGACCCGCCGAAGCACUGCUAGAUGUCACCCAGGCUUAUGACCCUGAGGCGCCUACCGAGAAGGCUUUGUUCCGUCAUGCCAUCGCCCUCUAUAGACUGAACCGGUUCGAGGAUUGCGAAGCCAUGCUCAUCGACCUCCUGGACAAGUUUCCUGACAACAAGGCGGCCGAGACAACUCUUCUUUCUGUCAAGACACGACUGACAGAGCAGCGCACGGGUAAAUACAAUUUCAACAAGAUGUAUAAGACAGCCAAGGCAGCCAAGGGAGCUCCCUUGAUUGAUUGCGCCACCUACUCGAAGCCUGUCGAGAUUCGGGAGUCGCCUGGGCGCGGUCGCGGUCUGUACACCACCAAGGCUGUCAAAGCGGGUGACUUACUCCUCGUUGAGAAGGCUUUUGAGUACUCAUUCAUUGACGAGACCCGACUGACGGACCAAUGCACUAUCUUGGCCAACUUCAACACCAAGCGCAUGACGGCUGGUGCAUCCGCGAACCUCUGGCCCAAGGUUGUUCAGAAGCUGUACCAUGAUCCGGAAGCUCUCUCUGCAUUUACCGAGCUACACCAUGGAAAGUACAAACCGGUAACAGCUACCGAGGGGGACGGACGUCCUGUUGUUGAUGCCUUCCUUGUCGAGAAGAUCCUUUCUCUCAAUUCAUUCGGUGCCCCACGAUCCACUCGCGACUUCUGUGGCAACAACGUCUGGAGCGGCAACCCAGCCCCCGAAGUCUGCGCCUCCACUCGUGAGAGGCCUCUCUUCACCUCCGUUGGUGUCUGGCUUCUCGCCGCCCGCAUCAACCAUUCUUGUGUCGGCAACUGCCGUCGCUCAUUCAUCGGCGACAUGGCUAUCAUCCGUGCGGCACGCGAUAUACCGGUUGGCACCGAGUUAACGAUUCCGUACCGCCCAUCUACCGACUCGGAAUCAUACCAGGAUGUUCAGAAGGGCUUGGCCAAAUGGGGAUUCAUAUGUGAUUGCGAACUUUGCAAGGACCGACUCAAGACCACCGAGGCUGUUCGCGUUCGGCGUAAAGAGCUCAGCAAAGAAUUCGACAAGCAGGUGCCUUCCGACCAAGAAUUCGACCUCGAAAAGGCCACUAAGCUUCUGCGUGUUAUCGAGAAGACCUACUCUGGCAAACCCGCCAAGCAGAUCCGCUGGUGCAUCGCACACCUCUAUGCCUACGUUGGAAUUCGUUUACGUCAGGAUGAAGAUUUUGUCCGGGCUGCUGAAAUGCUCAUCAAGGGCCUCGAGACCAUGGGCUUUGUCAUUCUAGCAACUCCGCCUGAUGACGGUAGUGCCCAGGCUCGUUUUGAAGUCAAGCAGUGGGGAAUGAUGGAACAUCACAUCCCGUGGCUCUUCUUCCAAUUGAUUGAAUGCUACGCCGAGAUCAACCCGCACUUGGUGCCUGUCGCUGAGCAUUAUGCUCAGAUAGCGUACUCGAUCAUUGUUGGUGAGGGGGAGUCGAUGUGGGAUGUCAUGCCUGCUACUGGCAACAAGGCGGAGCGAACCUGA